UUAGACCUUUGACCUCCAAUGUUUGCUGAUUCAGCACAUCAUGGCUGAACAAGAACUGUAUUCUAGUGGCUCUAGUUUUUACCUGAUAGGAAACAUUCCAGCCGCUCUACGAUCGGCAGACUUGAGGAACUUCUUCUCCAGGCUCGUUGAAGGAAGUGUGUUCCUGUGCUUCCAUUAUAAGCAUCGCCCAGAGCACAGUAAGAGUGGAGCAAGUACUAGUAGCUCUGAGACCACUACCAAGUGUUGUGUAGUUGUACUCAAGGCUGGAGUGGAGGAAGAGACAGAUUUUAUCAAGGCGUAUUCGAACAAGAACUGGCUUGACUCAAACGGAGAUGUACUACUUUGUAAAACACGAAUCCAGUCGUUAACAAUAACAGACAAUAAAGACACUCAAACAUCAGGAUCGGCCAUACCGUGGGAUGACCUUCGACCCCUACCAGAACUGAACCCUCCUGCGGUAAUGCCUAUAGGAAAUGUAGGUACACCUCUGAAGACCUUUAUGGACUUAAUACGAAGCUGUAAACUGCCGGGUCAUGUGAUAAAGAAAUUACGACUCGAGUUUCCCAAGAGUAGAAGCACUCGUCGCUAUGGAGCAGUCAAAAUGGACUAUGGUUGCCGUAGUAACUGGACUGGGAGCGGGGAGACUAGUGUGGAGAGAGAUCGGAAAGAACAAAGAGAAGAUGACGAGGACAGCCAUGAUGAGGAUGACAUACCAUCAGAUGACGACCAUGAUGCUGAAGAAUGGGAGCGAUAUGAAUCACUACACAAUGAUGUUGAUAAACAGGGGCGUGAUAAGGAGAGGCUAUUUGAGGAGGAGCUGGAGGUAGUGUGGGAGAAGGGUGGGAGUGGCCUCGUGUUCUAUACUGACUCCGCCUACUGGCAGGAGAAAGAGGGAGAUUUUGAUGAGCAGUGCUCUAAGGAGGAUGACUGGAACGUGGACACUGGACUCUACUACCCUGGUGGUGGGGCUGAUAGAGAUGCAGUGGCUCUGAAUGAUAUGACCCAGGAGACACGACUGAGAGAGGGCAAGGAUGACGAUAGGGAGACUUGGAAUACUGCAGCAGGCUUUGAGAAACACACCAAGGGGUUUGGCAGUCGUGUUCUCAAGCAGUCUGGUUGGAGGGAGGGUCAAGGAGUGGGGGCUUCCAACCAGGGGAGAGCAUCACCUGUGGAGCUCAAUGGCCAACUACCAACUGUCAAGAAAGGCCUUGGUUAUCGUGGAGAGAAAUUGGAUAGAGUUCAGAGAAAGCGACCGUUGACAAGGGAUGUGCUGAUAUCUACUGUGUAUGACAAGCCCUGUGAAAAGGAGGCCACUGUUUUACGCAGUGCCCCAGUAGGCACUCUCAAGUACAGAGACUUUAGAACUGGAGGAAUAUUGAACCAUCCUCCUAACAAACUGCCAUAGAAGUUCUCAUUAUUAUUUUUAUCACACCUGACAUCGUUUCAUUGAUAUGAUUAUUAUUUGUUGUGUAAUGAGAA